AAUGAAUCAAAUUCAAAAUGGCGGGCGUCAUGGAGGUACAAUCUUGGUCUGGUGACUGGAAUCUUCCCUCUAUUGACAUAUCAUGUUUGGAGGUUUUGGUUCGUACGUUUUCUUCUCCUUUCAGUCCAGAUUCAAACUAUUUUUGAAGGUCUUUAUUUUGCUUUUUAGGUUUAUGCUAAAUUUGCUGGGUGCCCUCUUAAAGUGAAUCGUUCCAACAACCCUUGGAAAUCUCCAGUUGGUAAGCUUACUUUUAGAAUGGUUUUCUACAUUUCGGCAUAGUAAAUAUCCUUUUUUACCCAUGGGGAAAAUAUCCUUAGGUCAAGGUGAACGUAUAAGAAGAUAUCUUACUGUUUUAACUGUGUGGGAGUUUUAUGAAGAGCUCUGGAACACUGCGUCUGGCCUUCUGUCUAUCUUUUGAAAAAUAAUGUAAACAGGUUGUGUGAGGACUGUUUAAAAUUGAUUUUUGCACUUUUCUUCACUGUUAUUUUACUUUUCGAGAGUUUAAUGAAAAUGCUUGCCCAAUACUUGAUUAUGAAGCCUCUCAGAUGGACCCCUUCACGGUUGUAACGGCAUGAUGGGUAUUAAAUCAGGACAAGAUGGUGGGAAAUUCAAAACUUUGUAUGGGAAUACGAAGUCAACUAAUUCUUGAUAAUUGGAUAUAUUUGUCACUUUCCCUUUGAAAAAUGUAACUAAUGAACUUAAAGAAACUACACAGUAAAUCUGGAGUGCACAGCAGUACUUUGUUGCUUUUUAGAAAACACAAAAAUAGACCUUGUCAUGGUUUUCAAUGCCAUCUUGACGAGUAGCCAAACGUGUGAGAAAUUACAGUGUUUGUAUGAGAAUCUAAUGUCCAAUAGGAGUGAACCUUUAGUUUAAAGUUCAUAUUUUUUCCAGAACAGCCGUUCUACGGAAAUUAUUUGACAUUAGAUUCCCAUACAAAUGCUGUAAUUUCUCACGCGUUUGCCUACUUGUCAAGAUGGCAUCAAAAACCUUGACAAGGUCUAUUACACAUAAUUUAUGGUAGAAGUCAGAUUUUCUAAAAAGCGACAAGGGACAGCUGUGCUCUCCACAUUUAGUGUAUAGUUUCUAUUAGUUUAUUAGUUAAAGUUUGUGAAGAGAAAGUAACAAAUAUAUAUUCAAUUAGGAAGAAUUAGUUGACUUUGAAUUCCCAUAGAAACUUUUGACUUGCCCUCCAUCUUGUCCUGAUUACCCAGCAUGCCCACACAAUUGUGGAGGGGUCUAUUCAGGUUCAAAGUGAGGUGUUGUUGUAAAGGUUGGGACCCUGGACCAAAAAAAAGAAUUUGGUAAUAAUUACAACAUUCUAUUUUAAUUACGUAAAUGGGUCAGUAGUGUACGGAUGCAAUUUUAGCCAUCAGGCCUGUAACCAGGAUUUUAUGUGGGGGGUGCUAACAAUACCAAAGUGGACCAAACUACCGAAAUGUAUUUUUUAUUGUCUGAUCUGUUUAUGUAGGAAAGUAGCAAUAAGAAAGUACACAUCGGCUUUUCAUAGAAUAUUGUCAUGACAUCAGGAAAUGAUGAUAAGAGACCAAGAAAAACAUUAAAUGUAUUUUCCCUCUUUGUGUCUUGAAAACUUCUAUUUUGAUGGUUUGGGAUGCCUGUGGAUUGCUACUUUAGAUUAACCCUCCCAGUCCCUCUCCGAAUUGUUACUCUGUGUUCCCUCACUGGCUUUUUAGUAAGCGAGUUUGUUUCAUGUCCAGGAAUAGCGACUAAAUCUCAGAGCAUAAUAAUGCAAUCAAGGCUGGUGGACAUAAUUUGCGAAAAUAAGUAUGAUUUACCUUCUAUAUAUCGCUGUAAAACUGUAGUUAACUGAGAUAGAUCUGAAGUGGUGGUUUCAGCUGGGCUGUGAUCGCAGACUGCACUGUCAUUGUCAGCGUCUGAUGGCUCUUGACGGGGUACUUUACUGACCAAUGUAUCGAGAGACUGGCAAGAUUUAGCUGCAGCCUUCCUCUUUCCAUUUUCCUGUUCUCUCCUACCCAUAACGUAGUACACAAAAAACUAAGUUUGCAUCUUCGGGCAUUCAUGCGCUUGUACAAAUAGAGAAUACUACCCGAUGUCUGACAAAAAUCAUGAGAUCGCUCCCUUGUCAUUGGCUUGCUCGUCGUAAACUCCCGAGCAAAGCGUGCGCAUGUUAAUAUCAUUAUUCAUUUAGAUAAGCUUGGACAUCUGUGCACACGUUGAAAUGUUCUGAAUUGCUCGGGCUACUAGAGUGCAGCUGGUUGUAUUUUCCCAGUGAAUACACUACUGCGUUUUCCAUUCUUUGAUUUUGUUUAAAUAUCACUGUUAAGUUUGAAACUUCAGUUUAACUGACUGCACUCCUUAACUUGGAUAUUGAGUAUCAAAAUGCGGACCUUUGGGGCCUGUUGUGGGGGGAGGGGGUGCGAACGCACCCCGUGCACCCCCUGGUUACGGGCCUGAUUAUAUGAAGAAGUACUUGCUGUCGAUGAUACUAACAUUGACUCUUUUUUAUUCCCAAAGGAAAAUUCCCUGUUCUAGUGUCAGGUGAAGAUGUUCUGACUACUUCAAGCAAAAUUAUGGAUUAUUUUAGAGAAAAGGUAUUUUGUCCCUUCUCAAAUAGGAAGGAAUUAUAACAAGUCUGGUUCUUAACCCAUUCGCUCCUUGGAAUUCGUUUUCUGGUCACCAUCUGGCUCAAGUGAGCCAAACCUGACAAUCUAACACCAUUAUUUUAUAAAUUGAGCACUUUGUGGCCUUCUGUUCAAAUGUGCAAACUUUCCAUUCCAAAGUUUGGACUUGUACAGAAAGCAAAAUUUUGAGAUAUUGUUUGGUUUUAAAAUGGACUCUUUGCUUUCUCUCCUCCGUUCUUCUUUCCCUUUUCCUUUUGCUAGGCAUUUACUAGGCUUCAUUUUGGUGGCAGGGUUUUGGGGAAAGCUUUUAGGAUUAGAUGAAAGAAAGUGUAGGUGGGUUGUCAGUGUUGCGUGGCUUUUUGCCUUUUCUCUGGUCUCCUUGACUGAAUUGUGCUCAUUCUAGCAUGGUUUUAAAGAUCUCUUACCCUUGCACAAGUUGGAUGAUAAAGUUGUCCUUGACUAUUAAAACUGAUUAUGUCACAAGCAAUAGAAGGGACUUGGAUCUGCAGGGGGAAAGACAGGGGCGAAAAGGUUGAUUUAGAAGAAGGAGAAAUCUAUCACCAGAAAGCUAAAAAAAACUUCCGAACUCCAGGUGGGAAUCAAACUCACAAACCUCCAAGUUCUAGUUUGGAUGUUCUAACUGCUAAUUCAAGGCAUAAUAUUUUGUGGUUGUUUGUUAGAAUUUCAAUGCUGAUUACUAUCUGACGGCCAAACAAGGAGCAGACACCCUUGCAUUUGUUUCCUUGGUGCACAGAAAACUGAAUCCAGCAAUAGUGAGUUCAUUAUGAUUAAAAAUUAAUAGUUAGGUACUGUGCUUAGGGGUUUUUAUCUAGGUAAAAUAACCUUGAUAUAUGGUUUCAUAUACAAUGAUAAUGUUACCCUAUGGCUAAUUUACCUUCUUCCUACUCUUUGGAUGUCAAAUUGUAGUGUUAUACCACACUACUGUAAUAGUUUUCUGAGUUUUUGCUUUUUUUAUGACAAGGUAGUGCAAGUACAAGCCCUAGGAUUUCACAGUAACGAUCAUUUCUGGUACCGUGUCGUUACUGUGAUCUUAAAAUCACAGAACUGCAAAAUAGUUUCCCAGUGACAUGUCCUGAUAUAUUCAGACUGAGGGAUCAAAAUACACCAAUGUAGUAUCUUUCCACUCGGAUUCUUAACUAGUACAGCAAUUCUUUAUGACUCAGCUUGUGUAUAAGCGAAAUUUAAAAAAAAAAAGGUACCGUUUAUGUAUCGUCCACCAUCUUGAAUCAUUCCCAAAGUGCAUUGCAUGUUACUGAUGACUCGCACAUGAAAGAUGUUAGAAGGUGAUGUUACAAGGGACGAUUGGCAAGAAUGAUUUUUAGCGCAACACAGGGUUGCAAUGUUGGAACAAUGUUGUAACAAUUCGAAACGACAUCACUACAAUGUUGCAGUGCCGUGUUGCGCUUGGUAAAAAUCGUUGUUGCAAAUCGUCUCAUGUAACAUCACCUUUACAGUUAACAGCAGCGACUGUUUUGGCUUCCAGUAUCAAGAAAAAAAAACAUACGACUCCAAAAGUUUAAAAACAAUUAUUAGAAUGUAGUCUUUUAGUGACAAUUUCACUUUGAAACUGAUGAUGAGGUCCAAAUCUCUAUAUGAAAAGACAAGAUCUGUAGUGAACGUUUCAGGUGAGUAUUACUUACUCAUUUAGUUGGAUUGAAGAGGAGUCUUGAGUUUUAGACACUUUGGUGCACACACAUUUAACAGUUAAUUGACCUUCUUCUUACAUUUUAAUAACAGACAUUGGAGUUUUUUGUAAAUAAUAGUACACACCGAUGUUCUUUAAUUUUGAAGUAUGUUUAACAACAUGUUUCCAGAAAACUGUUUCUGUACAUUAAAAGAAAUAAAAGUGGGUUCCCAUAAAUUUUCAUGGAACCAAAAAAUUAUUACUGAUAGUUUCCCAUGAUCUCUGGCCACAGAACCGAAAAAUUGUUAUCCUUAGGAUUUGAAAUCCUAGGGCUUGAAGUAGGUGUAAAUUACUCAGAAAAAAAAAACAAUGACACAAAAAAAUAAAUAAUUUAUAAAGCACAAGAAUGACAGUGAAAAAUAUGUUUGAAAAAUUUGAGUUGCAGUCACUCAUGAUACUUGGAAUCUUCAGUGGUUAUAAAGUAACUAAGGGUACAUUCAGCUUAUUCUUGCUGCGGGGUCCACUUAAUGUACAGGUUUCGUCGUAACUGAGUAUUUUUCUGUUUUUUGUUAAAAUUUGCAGUUGUAUACCUUUUGGGUGGACAACAGCAAUUACACAAAAUUUACACGUCCGUGGUACGCAAAGAGGCUUCCAUUUCCGCUGAAUUACUUUGUGCCUGGGAAAAUCUCAAGACAAACAAGACAGCAAGUCUGUGAAGGAGUUGAUUCAGAAGAAACAGAUGAUCUUCUUGAGAGCAAGGUUUGACCUUGUGGCAUGAUGAUUUAAUUUAGAAAUGUUUAUGUAUGUGUGAAAUCAGUGUCUCUUCUUUAAGUUAAUGAUUUCUUCUAUAUUCUGUACUAACUUUCAUUAAAACCUAGUUACAAACUUAAAUUGUGUGGUUCCAGAAAAUGUCCAUACUCCCCCCACAGAAGGGAUAGGAAAUUCCUGGAUGUGGGAGGGUUCUCAAAGGCCAAAAACUGUUAGGAAAUUACAAAACUUAAUUGGAAUUUGCAGAGGGGUGGGGGGUCUUAGGAUAAAUUCCUUUCGUGGGGGAGGUAUGGAUAACUUAUGGAAAUACACAUUACUUAUUCUGCUAAGUCAUACUCCAGUUUCUAUGAAAGCUUUUAUUUAAAUUCUCUUAUUUCAGCUUUAUAAGGAAGCUCAGGAGUGUUUAAAUCUUCUUUCUAUUGUUCUUGGUGACAAGGAAUUUUUCUUUGGAGACAGGUAACCUUUUUCUUCCAAUUCAUUUUAAAAUCUCGAAAAGAUCUUCAUAGGCCACAACUGUGAGAAGUCAUAUUAAAACUUUACGUACAUGACAUUAUAACUCUUCAUUUCCUUAAUACAGUAAACACCUGCUAAUAAGAACCUGCUGGCAGAAAUUUGCCACUUUAAUACCCAAAAAUAUAAGAACCUGUUCAGCCAAGCAAAAUCAAAGAGGUUCUUAUAGGUGGGCUACAGGUAAAUUAAGAUAAACAUUUUAAUCAAGGGGUUUGACUUUGAGAUUGCCAAUUGAUAUUACAAGAAGAUACUGCACCUAACUGUAAUUACAAAUAGUUACAAAUAGUUAAUAGUUACAAAGUAUUACUGUAAUUGCUACAAAAAAAAAAGGUUUAUAAAAAGUUCAGAUUGUAAUUGUCUUCAUGGACCUUGCAUAAAGGAGGUUUACAAUGUACAGUUGUGAAUAAAUACUUAGCAAUUAAUGAAUGAGGCUGAGUAGGAUAUGAAGAAUUAAGCAGAUCGAGGAGGGUGUUAUCGGCCGAGGUGGAUAACACCCUCUGAGAUCUGCUUAAUUCUUCAUAUGGUAUGAAAGCCGAAUUCAUUAAUUGCUUUAUUAUUCAUUCAAAAUAAGUCCUAGUUUAAAAACAUACCUAAAACAUGCUUACCUGCAUCGAUGUUAAGUUCAUCUUUGAUAGUGUACGUUUAGGUUUGUCCAGCCGUGCAAAUAUUCUCCAAAUAGCAGAUGUUGCCCUACGAGUUGUCUUCUUGCUGUUUUUGCCAUGUUUUUUGCUAUUAUUUCAUCUAGUUCCAGCUGUAGUUCUUACUGUUGAAACAAGUGAAAUGUCCGCCAUUUUUUUUUUCACAACCAAAACAACUCAACCUCGCCCCUAGGUCCUCUCGGUAACGGUGCCUUAACCUGUAGCGGGCUGCAUUUUUGACGUCAUUUCCUUGUUAAACACAACAUUCUUCCAAAUUUGGUCGUCAGUAACUGGUUAUGGUGAAUUAUGCAUGAGCUUUUAGCCAAUCAGAAUUGGGGAAACAUUUUGAAUGAAUGAUACUGUAUAUUUAAGGACCAUACUCAAAUUUCUUUAUUUUCUUGACAGUCAACUACUGUAUCUCCUUCACAGAAAUUAAGGACCUAAUUAAGAACCUACUUAACCUAAAAUGAAAGAACCUUUUUGCCAGACCUAACAAAAAUGUAGGUUCUUAUUAGCGGGUGUUUACUGUAUUUGUCUUGCUGGAGAGAUGUUAUGUAGAACUAAUUUACUGUUUUGACCACUUUUGGUAGCAUAAACCCAUCAGAAAGUCCUUUUGUGCUAUAGAAACCUUUUUGAGUAGAAAACGUUGAUGCAGUUCUAGUUUGGUUUCUGGGUAUAUGAGCUAAUCUCACAAUUAGGGGAAAAAUGGUGUCUUAAAUCCAUUUUUUGUUUCUUUAUGUUGUUUUGACAGUCCUACCACUCUUGAUGCUGUUGUUUUUGCUCACCUAGCAGUGAUUUGGAAAGCACCUUUACCGAACAAUAAACUGCAUAAUUACUUACAAGGAUAUGAUAACUUGACCAUGUUUUGUGGCCGAAUAUUACAGCGCUAUUUACAACCAGAGAUAGAAGGUUAGAAAUUAAAGACUGUUUGCACUACUUUUAAAAUACUCUUAUCCCCCGCUAUCAUGUUCUUACUUAGCUUGUAAAUUGAUAUUCAAGACAGAGAGUGUUUAAAUAUAAGUUUAAUGAAGCAUGUUUAGUUUUUAACGAGUCCUUUCUGAUUCUGGAGCUGCAUUGGUCGUUAAAAAGCAUAAUUAAGAUAACCCGCCAGGAUUAGUGCGAAAGUUGAGUUCACAUGUGAACCCACAGCGAGAAAAUUCCUGUAAGUUCUUUUUGCCUGACAUUUAAUGUUCGCACGCUCUAAAAUGACGAGUCAAAUGAACCGAGAAGAUGUUUUAACAAAAGAAUCAGGAACCCGAACUAGAACUAAGUUAACACCGGGUUUAAAUUAACUGGCCUUUGAACAACUGGGUUCAGGGGUUUUGCUGGAAUAAUCAAGGUCGAGGUAAGUGUUACACUUACCUAGACCUCAGUUAUUCCGGAUAUCUCAAAAAGCGUUGUCUAAUAAUCUAAUUUUUAUUAGUUUAUUUUAUUUUUACAUUGUUUUGAAAAAAAAAAAUAAUAACGAUAAACACAGCGUCGCCCGGAACACAGAAAUCAUCCAUCGCGCGCUCAACCUACAUGCAGCUAUCUGCUUACCGAUAGUAACCAACUCAUCUUUAGGUUGCCCUGAUUUCCAAAAUUAACCGUACCUCUUAGCUAAUGCAAAGACAGAUCAGGGGCACCCAACGAGAAUAUAGUUCAAAACCACUUAAACAUAGCAUUAUUGAACGUAUUUUAGUAUUUAAACGGUAAAUAUAGGCAUAUUUUUAUCGCCUAAAUAUUUGUCAUCUGUUUGGAUUUCCUAGCUGAAAGUCUAGUGAUCCGAAAAUCAUAGAGAUCAAAACUUACCUUUUCGAAAAUUUCAGCCAGAAAAAAGGCUCCCGAAAAUUCCAGGUGACCUUUUUAGGGCAAAAAUCCGUUGAAAAUGGUCAAUUGUACCAUUUCUUAGAUGAUCGAAAAUCCUUCUAAAAUCGUUUUCCGAACAGAUAUUUUCCAAAAAUUGACGUUGGGUGCCCCUGACAGAUACAUAGUGAAUAGAAUAAGUAGAUAUACUUUUAUUGAUUUUUAGAUCAAGAGCAACAGAGAUCUUCUCAGUCUUCACCCAGCAGCCAAGCUGAUAGUGCAGAUAGCAGUGAGCGUCGUAACACAUUGCUUGCAAUUGGAUUUGCUUUCAUAUCAAUGACUGUUUAUGCUCUCGUUAGUGGUCUGAUACAAGUAGAAAUUACAACAACAGGGGACUCGGACGACACAGAUGCCGAGUUCACCCCUGACAUGUCGGCAUUUUCAUUCAGAGAGGAAAAACAGAAUAACGAAAACUCAGCAAGAUGAAGCUAAGAUGAAUCGGCUCUUUCUUCUUGGAUUUAAAAAUGCUAUAAUGCCAAUAACAGCUACGAACAGAAAUUCAGUCGAGCUUGUGUUGACAAUAUAUGUUUCUGUAGAGAAAGAACUUCACUGAUCAAUAUUUGGCCUUUUGCUUUGACAAUGUUAUGGUAAGCUUAAAUGUAAUGCAUAAUUGUUCGUUUCCGCUGCAAAUCACAGCUCUUAGACCAUGAUCGCCAUUUAUUUUUUUUCCAUUUCUCUUCAAAAGAAUCGUCAAAUUUCCCUCGUCAGUUGAGAGGCUUAGGAUCGUAGAGCCUCAUAAGAGACAAAAGCUUUUCUACCACAGGCUCACCAAUGAGCAAUUGAGGUGUUCUUCGGCACUUUUAAAGCAGAAAUCAUUCAACUGCGUGCCCCCAUAUCAGGGUAAUAAAGAACUCGCCCCCU